AUGGUGAAAAUGAAUAAUGAAAGCAAUCUCCAGGUGAACUUCUCGAAACGCCGCUCUGGCCUCUUCAAAAAGGCCAGCGAACUUUGCACUCUCUGCGGUGCUGAAGUCGCCCUGGUGGUCUUCUCCCCCGGCAAAAAGGUCUUCUCUUUUGGCCACCCUUGUGUUGAGACGGUCAUCGACCGUUAUCUCACCCAAUCCACCCCUCCGGUCUCCGGCACCCAUCAACUCAUUGAGGCUCACCGCAAUGCCACCGUUCGCGAGCUCAACAUGCAACUCACCCAAGUGAUGAGUGAGUUGGAGGUGGAGAAGAAGCGUGGUGAAGAGUUGAAUCAGAUACGGAAGGCGACUCAGGUGCAGUGCUGGUGGGCGAAUCCGGUGAAUGAGCUAAGUAUGCCGCAGCUUCAGCAGUUGAAGGCGGCGUUGGAGGACCUGAAGAAGAAAGUGACAUAA